CAAGAAUAAGCAGCACAACUCACUCCCUCACUCACUGCACAAGACGGAACUGCUCAAAGCACAGAGACGGGAACUCAGCUUUCCUAGGGUGAGGAAUCCACUGCUAGACAACUGCAACUGAGAUGAAUAAUGUCAUUCUCAUUUUUGUUGUUUUGCUAUGUUUUCUCCAACAAGGAAAUGCAAGCAAGAAAUUACCUGGAGUUGAGCAAUAUGAAAUAGUUUAUCCUCGGAAACUGCGCACAGUACAUAAAAGAGAUGUAGAAAGAAGCAAAGGAAAGACAAAAUAUGACGAUACAUUGGAGUAUGGAAUCAAAGCCAAUGGAGAGGAAGUCAUAUUGCACCUACAAAAAAAUAAGCAUCUGUUAGCUGGGGACUAUACCGAAACAGUUUACUCAGACGACGGCCAGCAGAUAACCACGAGUCCCCAGAUCAAGGAUCACUGUUACUAUGAAGGUUACAUUCAGGAUGAGGCUGGCUCAACAGCAAGCAUCAGCGCCUGUAGAGGUUUAAGUGGGUAUUUUGAGACCCGUGGGCAGAAGUACCUGAUUGAACCCUUGGGAACGUCGGACAGAGAGAAGCAUGCAGUCUAUGAGUUUGUGGAAGAUGAGUCCAUCAAAACCUGUGGAGUAGUCAAUAGCAGCUGGGAAGUGAAUGCAAGUGACCCCAUCAAUAACAUCUUCAAAUCCAGCAAUAGCCCAGAAAUGAAGGCGUACCUGAAGGCAAAGAAAUAUCUGGAAGUUUACAUAGUUGCAGACAAUAUUAUGUAUAAGAAGUACAACAAAGAUGUUAAUACUGUGAGACAAAGGAUAUUUGGAAUAGUCAAUUUCAUCAACACGGUUUAUAAGGCCAUCAAUAUUUACGUGGCUCUAAUUGGCCUAGAAAUCUGGACAGACAAUGAUAAAUGCUCCUUGAGUCCUAUUGCAGGAUCGACUCUGGACAGCUUCUCAAAGUGGAGGAGCUCAGAUUUAUUAAAGAGGAAAAGAAACGACAAUGCUCAGCUAAUUACAGGGCACGACUUGGAGGGGACAACGAUUGGAUUAGCUUUUAUAAAAUCCAUUUGCAGUGAUGUAUAUUCUGCAGGUAUUAUCCAGGAUCAUAGCAGAAGUGAGAUUGCAGUUGGAGCUACCAUGGCACACGAGAUGGGACACAACCUUGGCAUGAGUCACGACACCAAAGACUGCACGUGUCAUUCCCGAGUCUGUGUCAUGACAGAUACUGUUAGUUCUAUUGUCCCUAAGAAAUUCAGCUCCUGCAGCCUCCAAGAUUUUGAGAAAUACAUGUUGAAUGACAUGCCAAAAUGUCUAACUAACAUCCCAGAUAUAAAUGCCAUCAUAGCACCAUCAUCAUGUGGCAAUGGCUUUGUGGAAAAAGGAGAGGAAUGCGACUGCGGGACUUCAGAGGAGUGCACAAACGCCUGCUGCGACCCAGAGACGUGCAAGCUGACAGCUGGCUCCAUGUGUGCACACGGAGACUGCUGCGAGGACUGCCAGUACAAAAGUGCAGGAGCUGUGUGUCGGGAAGCCAAGGAUGACUGCGACCUGCCUGAGAUGUGCACUGGUUAUUCUGGGAAUUGCCCAUCGGAUCGAUUCCGUAUGAACGGACAUCCUUGCAACAACGGUGAAGGCUUUUGCUACAUGGGAAUCUGUCCCACCCGAGAAAGCCAAUGCAGAGCUGCUUUUGGACCACAGGCUACUGAUGGGGCAGCGUCCUGUUACCGGAUGAAUGAGAAGGGGGUGUAUUAUGGAUACUGCAGAAAAGAACAAGGCAGUCACGUCCCGUGUAAAAAGAAAGAUAUCAUGUGUGGGAAGCUGUACUGCUCUGGGGGGCAGGAGAUGCCCACCUAUGGCAGCCUGGUGACCUUUGAGUCCUGCAAAGCAAGCUUUCCUAGGAAUGGAGAUACAGAUUUAGGGAUGAUCCUCAAUGGAACCAAGUGUGGGGAUGGCAUGGUAUGCAGCAAUGGAGAAUGUGUCUACGCUGAAGAUGUCUUUAGAUCAAGCGACUGCUCUGCCAAGUGCCCUGGACAUGCUGUUUGUGACCAUGAGAUGCAGUGCCAGUGUGAAGAAGGAUGGGCACCACCGAACUGCGACAGCUCAUCCACAGUCACCAGUUUUGCAAUCGUUGCUGGUGCGCUGGUUGCCCUCACUGUGAUUGUAAUCGCAGCAAUAUUGCUCUUCCGCUUCAGAGUAUUCAAGAAGAGCAGCCAUACCAGAAGGGGACCUGGAGCCACCAAUCAAGUCUUUGUGGACCAAGAACAAAGAGAGCACCCUGCCUUGGCAGUACCCACCCAGAAGAUUAAUGAUAAGAAGCUUCUCCUUCCUGUACCUCCACCACAGGAGAACAAACCACAGCUUCGGAGCACUAUCAUAAGGCCAAAAGGUCCCCCACCUCCCAUUCCUGGCACCAAACCAGCCUUUUCUCACACACAAGACAUGUUUGCACCAGAGAAAAAACCUGCUUGUCUCCCUGUUCCCAAAGGCAAACCUCCACCUCCACCAAAGGCUUUGAAACCUCCCAUUAACCCCAGGGUCUGAAGCUCCUGCAGGAGGGCUCAUGGAAUGCUGCGGGGCACUUGGUUUGUCCUCUGAUUCUCCAUUUUUCCUGUUCUCUGUGAAACAGAACAGCUUACUGACAGCUGCUUUGACAGGAAAACUUUGGUUUUCAAACAGUGAGGAACUCUUUGGUGAUGACAUCAAGCUGCUGUCAGGAAGGAAACAAAGCAGAAUCACUGCACUGAGGUAUGGAUGGAGCACACUAUGACAGCUGCUGGACACAUCCCAGCUCCUCAGCUGCCUCUUCACUGCUUUUCUCCAAGACAGACCUGAAAAGGUCAGAGAAAAAGCAUGGGGUGCAAAUUCUGCAAACUAGGAUACAUCUCCGGAUCUUUGCCAACCCUCUCUGCAGCACCAGAUUCCUGCUUCAUAUGUGCAGUGCAAGCUCUGGACCCAGAAAAAUCCUGCCAGCACUCUGGAGAAGAGCUUACAGCCUUGAGGCCUGAAGGAACCUUGAAAUAAUACAAUUAUGAAGUGAACACAUCGAUUCUGGAAGGAUCCAUACGGAUCAGAUCCUUUCAUUAAUCCUUAGGUUACCUGUUACACAGGAUUUCUCUGUUGAAUAGAUAAGUUGUGCUCAGAAGCAAAGCACACAGAACUCAACCUCCUGCUGCCUGCAGCGCUCCCAGAGCUCAGCCCAUGCCAGUUCCAAAGGAGCUCCAGCUGCCACCAUUGCACUUGGACAGAGAAACUUGGAAAAGCAGUCAACAAAAUCUUUAAUCGUUAUUUCUUUUCACCCCUCAGCUCCAGAAAUAUCUAAAUAUUUCUCCCUUCCAGGAUAUACACAGCUCCGUGUUUUCAUUUAAUUGCUCCUGCACCACGACCUGUUAUUGUAAAGUUGCUAAUGAGCACUGGGCUGGGCACAGGGGUUUGUUAUUGUGGGACCACACUGCAGCAGUGAGGCUUUGCACACUGGUUUGGUACUGAGGGGUUCUUCAUUCGUUCUGGUCUGUUGGCAUCAGCCGUGUUGACACUCUUGGCCUGUUGGCAUAGAUGUGCAUGCUGCUGUUGGCAUUGAUGUUAAUAAUGCUGUGUGGGUGCUGGCACUGAUGCUAUUGUUACCAUUGGCACUGUUAUCAUUUGUGUGGUUGGCGUCAAUAUUUUUUAAGUUAAAGCACACAGAAGUGUUUUUCAAGGAAUAAAAAAAAAAAAAAAAAAAAGAAGAGGAGGGGUGGAAAAAAAUUGCCCCAGUUGCAAAGUACUCAAGACUUGAUGGAGGUUCCAGUUUGAACUGGAUUUGUGUUUGGGUCAGGAUCAAAAUCAAAGCACUCCUUUGGUUUUCCAAAUAGAUUAUGCUGUCCCUCAUAAGAAGGCAGCUUGCAGCCUUGGGGCACAGUGGCUAAAGAAGAGCUCACGGCUGCCAAACGACCAAAAUCUGGGGCAUCUGGCCAGCACUGUGCAUGCUUUCAACUGGGUUUGGUUCUGACCAGCACAUAUUGGGACUAUUGCAUAAACCUGAGCCUCAGAGAGCAUGAAAUGCAUGUAAAAUAACCAAUUUCUUCUUUUAGGCUAGGUAUGCUUUGACAUUACCAGUUACCACAGGCCCUGUAAAACACGGAUAUCAUGAAAUUACCAUCUUCAGUUUGAGGCCUGAGGUAGUUUUGGAAGAAUGUGGCUUUUUCCACUUUAGAUAACUGUUCCCUUAUUUUAGGCAGAAAUGGAUUUUAAUCUAUCCAUAUUUGACUGUCAUAUAAAGAUUUAGAACUUUUUAAAA